AUGGCGAGCAAGGCGGCUCACACGCCCACUUUCGGCGGCGCCCACGCUGCCGGCAUCUUUUCAGACAUGACUGUCGACGGGCCGGUAAUAGGCACCCUGGUAGUCAUCAUGGACCGCGCCAGAAAUCUGCCAAACAAACGCACAAUGGGAAAACAAGACCCGUACUGUGCAGCCCGUCUCGGAAAAGAGGCAAAGAAGACUCGGACAGACAAACGCGGAGGUCAGACUCCAAAAUGGGACCAAGAACUACGCUUCACAGUUCACGACUCUCCAGACUACAACCGCCUCAAGGUCUCGGUAUUCAAUGACGACAAGAAGACGGAACUGAUUGGCGAGGCCUGGGCAAAUCUCCAAUCCGUCAUCACGCCUGGCGGUGGACAGAGCGACGAGUGGCUGGGCCUCAAUUGCAAAGGAAAGUAUGCCGGCGAGCUCCGCAUGGAAAUCACCUUCUACGAUACCCGUCCCAAGGCAGAGAAUGCUGUCCAGGAGAAGAAGCGAAGUUCAACCAGACCCGAGGGAAAGGCGACUGUUGGUGGAGCACGAGAGAUGGCUCCGGUCAAGCGACGACCGCUGCCCACCGAUCCAACAGGCGUAACACCAUCACCCCUCCAGACACCAGAACACCGAGGACUGCGGGGAAUGCGUGCUGGUCCUCGAGAAUUAGGAUCACCACGACACCAGCAACCGCUAAACGAAACACCGCCUUCUCAUCGAAGCCAGCCAGAUCCACCCAGUCGUAGGCCCGUGCCAGACUCAUCCCCACUGCAUCAUGUGUCGGCAUCGAGCCAGAACACGUCUCAACGCCAUGCCCCCCAGCCUGCGUACACUACACCGCCCAACCCGCGAUCAUCUAACCAGAGGAUACCUAUGCCAAGAGAAGAGAGCUUCGACAUGUCGUACGCAGCACCCAAACCGUACGAAGUGAAGCCUAUCGACCCUCUGCCACAACAUGUACGCAACCCAGGACCAAGGAAAAUGUCACAAGAUGAUGCUCGGUCUCCCCGUAGUUAUCAACAGCAGCAACAUCCCGAGCCAGUCCACUCGCACUCGGCUCCGGCUGUCCCGACUCAGCACACCUAUGAGCCCACAGCACAUGAGCAGCAGAUACAAGACCAGCAAAAACAGAUUGAGUACUUGCAACAGCAACUGUUGCAACAUCAGCAGCAGCCGCCACCGGCGCCGCCUGCGAGGGCCGAGCCACCACAGCAGCCUGCACCGUCUCAUGUCCACGAGCAGUAUCAGGAUCCUGCUUACCAAGUCGCACCUUUGCGGAGCAGCCGCAGUCGGGAGUACGGCCAAGACCAGGCAUCCCCUCAGAACCCGUACUACGGUCAGAGAUUUAUCGAAGCUCCCCCGCCGCAGGAGGAAAGCCCUACCCAUCGAAGACGCAGUGCAAUGCAGCCCAUGGUUGAGGAUGAAGACGAUAUGCCGCCACCACCGCCUAUGCACAACCGCAACGCAAGUACACUUCCUCAUGCCCACAGGGAAAGUCGCGACAUGUAUCAAGAUGAUACUCCGGCGCCGCUCAAUUUCACACCACGAGCUCAAGAAGACUCUCGCCGGAUCAGCUUCGAUGAUAUGCCGCAGACGUACGAGCCUGUUGACUAUGCGCCCCGUCAGCCUUCUGAACGAAGGUACACUCAUCCCCGUGCGCAAACACAGCCAGUAAGCCGCCCGAUAUCUCAGGAGAUAAUGGUACCCUCUCCGCUGCGGCAGGAGCCCCUUCGACAAGAGCUUGUGAGGCAGGAGAUUCCUGCAUUGCCGUCUAGUCUUAUCGCUGGGCUCAAUCCCGCAAGACAAGAGAUUGAAGCCCCAACAUACGACAGACCUCCGUCCUACGAGCCUACGCCAAGGCUUCGUCACUAUUCUGAGCCUGCCGAGUAUCGAGCCAUCACUCAGUUUGAAGCUCCUGUGCAGUCACAGGAACUGGUUCAUCAUUCAGCAUAUCACAUGAACGAUUACUACCCUCACGACCCCCCUGAGCAGCCUCGACAGAGAUCUCCUCCAGUGUAUGAUCCCACGCCACUUAUUAAACCCCGUGCCACGAGUCCAGGUGUGAGUCCGCGAUACUCCCCGAAUCCGGUCCCAGAACAUCACUCCCCACAUCCUGAUAUGAAUCGCUACUCUCCCCACCCCGACAUGGACCGCCACUCUCCAAACCCAGCUGCGGAUCGCUCUUCUAGGAUGCCUGCACGCAGUAUGCCGACCCGCAAAUCAGUGUCACCUCGUCCACCGCCUGCUGGAGAAGACUUUGGGGAGCGUAGAUUGUCUGGGAUAGCAUUCAACCCUGAUAGCUUCGACGUCUACAAUCCUAGGAUGUCCAAGUCGCCGAUUCCUUCAGAUGAUGAGGCCGAACGACCAGGUAGCCGCAUGGAGUACAACGACAAGGGCCAAAUUGUCACCUUCAGUGGCCGGGUUGUUGAUGCUUCCGACCAUCUACCAGUUGAUAACUGGGCUCCCGAACCUGUUCCUAAGGGCACUAUCAAGGAGAAGCCAGCUCGCACCCGACCGCAGCUGAACGGUAGUCGUGACCUCGAGGCUGCGAUGCAGCGCGAAGAGAGGUACCAACGCGAUCGCGCUGAAAGGGAACGCCUCCGUCACGCAGCAAGCAUGAACUUUGAUAACAGCACAGCUCUUGUGCCUGCUAGACACGAUUUCAACGACUACAAUUCGCCUGUGAAUGCCGGCGCACUUGUCCUCGCAAGCCAGCAUCCUCCACAGACCGGCUCAAUGGGACGCAACAGACUGCAGAAGCGUGACCCACAGCCCCGUCCCGUCUCUUCCUACGAAUCAUCUCACCAAUACAACCUGCCGGACAGGCAAGCCCUCCGUGAGCGCGAGAACCCCAAUACCUAUGGUAGCCUUGGCUAUGACCGCCAUGGCACCCAGCGCCACAGCAUCACUGCACCCCCUAUUCCCGCCAAGGUGCCCCUCGACAUGGGUGGCGCCGCCUAUGGCUCUCAGAACGAAGACAUGGCGCUCAGCCUUGAGCUUCAGAGCAUCGACAUCGGACCUGGUGCCGGACGCAGACCACGAGGUACGGCUAGACGACAGUAUGGAUUUUGA